AUGGUUCCUCCGGGCAUCCACCCUCUGCCCACGCCUCCAGCCUUUUCUAAUCCUCCAGCGUCCUAUGUGGACCACGACCGGUCGUGGGCGCGACCGAGCGAGGAUGGACUAGCCCUUCGCUUCUUCCGUUAUACUCCCAUUCCAACAAUCCUAUUGGAUUCCUCGCUUGUUAUACGUCAGGUGUCAGACAGUUAUCUCGAGAUUUCAGGCGGUUGCAGAGCAGACCAGGUGCUCGGAUUACGCCCUGAUGAAUGCUUUGGUCAAAUCGUGACUAUUCCCUCAUGCGAUUUGGCCGAUAAAGCCACUCGGGCUGCGAAGGAAAGCAGACUGCCAUAUCAGUUAGACGAUGUGCAGCCUGAUGGGACCAUCUGGAACAUUCGAACCAUCCCCGUCUACGACGAUGGUAACCUGCUGUACGUUCAAAUGGAACUCCAAGAUGCGACUGAGGAGCGUCGAAAGCAACUAGAACUCGAGGAACGACUAUACACGAACGAAACCUUCCGCAUCUUGGUCGAAACAGUGAAGGACUAUGCCAUCUUUAUGCUGGAUCCUCAAGGCAACGUGGCAACCUGGAAUGCUGGUGCUCAAUUCUUCAAGGGAUACACAAGAGAAGAAAUCUCCGGAAAGCACUUUUCAUACUUCUACUGCCAGGAAGAUCGUGACGAUGGCAAGCCUGAUCGAAUGCUUGUCGAGGCUCUGCGAGACGGUCGAUACGAAGACGAAGGAUGGCGCUACCGCAAGGACGGCACACGAUUCUGGGCCAACGUUGUCAUUACUCCGAUAUAUCGGGGCGAUAAUCUCAUAGGAUUUGCGAAAGUCACUCGAGAUCUGAGCGAGAGACGUAAGGCUAAAGAAAAGUUGAUUGCUGCCUACGAAGAGGCCUCCAAAGUAAAAUCCGAGUUCCUGGCCAACAUGAGUCACGAGAUUCGAACACCGAUGCAUGGUAUGCUAUCGGCCUUGACUUUGCUCUUGGACACGCGCCUAGAUUCUGAGCAACUUGAACUAGUACAAAUGGCCGAGGAAUCCGGCGAGGUCUUGCUUCAAGUUAUCAAUGACAUCUUAGAUUACUCUAAGCUUGAAUCUGGGUGCUUCACUACCAGCCACGACAUUAUUAACGUCACGGAUAUUGUCCAAUCCGUGUUGAGAGCAUACCAAAAAGGCUGCAAGCCGGGGAUAACCAUGGAAAACUAUCUUGAUCCCAGGCUUCCCAAAGCUGCCGAGGGUGACAGUUUCCGGUACCGUCAAGUCGUGCAGAACCUAAUGUCAAACGCGAUAAAAUUCACCGAACAGGGAUACGUACGUGUUAAUGCCACUCUCCAGAAGGAGGACGACAAAUCAUACAUCAUAUUGACUGAGGUUGUCGACACGGGCGUCGGAGUCCCCUCUGCCAAUUCUAGCGCCCUCUUCACUCCGUUCACGCAGCUUGACAACUACACUACCAAGCGAUAUAAAGGCACCGGCUUAGGCUUGUCCAUCUGUAAGAGCUUGGCAGAGCUGAUGGGUGGGAGUAUUGGCUUCCAACCCAAUCCAGAGGGCCGCGGAAGUAUUUUUAGGUUUACCGCUAAGCUGAAGAAGGUGAAGCAAUUGGAUCACAUCCAUGUUUUGCAGGAGAAGAUGAAUGCAGUAGCCGUCCCAACACCGGUUUUGCCAUUGGAGGACAUUAAAUUAGCAGCCGCGAAUAAGAGGGUCUUGUUGACAGAGGACAAUCCCAUCAACCAAAGAGUUAUGGUGAAGAUGCUCAAGGGACUUGGUUUUGAGAACGUGGAUCUAGCAGCCAACGGAAGGAAAGCCGUCACGAUGUUGACCAAGGAUCCGCUCGCAUACCAUGUGAUCCUCAUGGAUAUCAAUAUGCCCACACUCGAUGGCAUUGGUGCCACCCAGGAAAUCCGUGAUGCUGGUAUCUCUACUCCAAUCGUUGCGAUGACGGCGAAUGCACUGAAGGGCCAGGUUGAGACGUAUAUCGCAAAAGGGGUGUCUGCUUACGUCUCGAAACCGGUGGACCGGAACCUUUUGGUCAAGGUGUUAUUGAGUUGUCUUCGACUGAGCACUCCUACCUGA